CGCCCCGGCGGGCCGGGACCGUCCCUCGGGCUCCCGCGCGGCGGGCGGCCGCCAUCCCUGCCUUUCCCAACCUUUCUCUGGACGGAGCAGGAGGAAGAGGAUCCCCAGACCUCCGGGCCAGACGCAGCCCCGAGACGCGGGUUCUCGGAUUCGCCGGCUCGGACCACACAGGUCCGAGCUGACACAUUUGGGGGCUCGUCCGGGUUGGGAGCAAGACCCCUGACUCAAUUCUGAACACCUAAAAACUCUCCCACAAAAGAAAAAAAAAAAACCGACAUCUUUGCUGGCCAUGGGGCAAGCCGAAUCUAAAUUCAGCACACCCCUUAGCCUUGUGCUUGAUCACUUCAAGGAAUUCAAGCGGCGGUCUGAGGGGUAUGGGGAAAGAGUUCAUAAAGCCAGAUUAACAACUUUUGUUACACAGGAAUGGCCAUUAGGGACCCAGGGGGUCUGGCCCCCCUCCGGGUCUUUCAACAUGGAGACAGCACAAGCUGCUCGACAGUAUGUUUUUGGGUCCCCUGCUCACCCGGACCAAAUUGUCUAUAUUCAGAUCUGGAUAGACAUAAUUUGUGAUGCCCCUUCCUGGAUUAAGCCCUCUCAAGACAGAGUCUUUGCGGCCCUCAAACCAAAAGUGAAACCCAAGAAGCUGCCUUCUGAUCCUACCACACCUCCGGUCCUGCCCUCUGAAGAAGACCCCCUUGACCCACUGGAGGCACUCUCGCUGCCUCCCCCGCACCCCGCCUCUGACCCUCAACCUGACUCCUCUGCUCCAUCCCUGCCAUGUCCCGGUCACACCUGCCGACACCCGCAGCCCGAGGCGUCUUCAGAGCAAAGCUCUGAGGCAGCUCCGCUUUGUCCAUUACGGGAGGUCCCUAGGCUGGGUGGGAGCUCAAUGUUUGUGUACACCCCUUUCUCAUUUUCAGACCUUUAUUAUUGGAAAUCCCUAAUUCCUCCGUUUUCUAAGGACCCUGAAACUUUGAUUAACCUUUUAGAAUCUCUAUUCUACACCCAUCGCCCCACUUGGGGCGACUGCCAGCAGAUCCUGCUCAUCUUCUUCACGGCCGAAGAGAGACUGCAUAUUCGUACUCUUGGGCAAAAUGCAGUCCGAGAACUAGACGGAUCUGCAUCCACUGAUCAGCAGAGAAUUGAACGCCUGUUCCCUUCCUCCCAACCUAAUUGGGAUCCCAAUACAGACGAAGGUAAGAAGGCUCUCUAUGAUUAUCGCCUGAGGCUUCUAGAUGCGCUCCAUGCUGCCGCCACCAAUUUAUCUCGAGUGACUGAGGUAAGACAAUUAGCUGAUGAAUCUCCUGCUAUGUUUUUGGAGCGCCUUUUAGAAGCAUAUAGAUUACAUACACCAAUUAAUCCGAUGGCACCUGAAAAUGCACGAGCAAUUAAUAUUGCUUUUGUGUCACAGUCAGCCCCCGAUGUUAGGGAAAAGUUACAAAAGCUUGAGGGAUUUGAAGGGAUGCCCCUCAGCCAGUUGAAAGAGAUAGCACAAAAGGUCUUUAAAAACCGAGAGAGCUUGCAGGAAGCCACAAAUAAAAAAAUGACCAAGGUGUUAGAAUUGCUCUGUGAAAAAGAAACUAAGAGAUCGGCCAAUGCUAACAAGAGGAAGGCCCAAGGUCGUCGACCUCCUCUAGAUAAAGAACAAUGUGCAUACUGCAAAGAGAUGGGACAUUGGCGUAAGGAUUGCCCAACGUUAAAGGCUAAGUUAGAGAAAAAAGCAAAGGCCCUGUUGUCUCAACAAUAAGGAGAUCAGAGCUCAUCGCCACCCCCCGAGCCACGGAUAACUCUUCAAGUCGGGGGGCAACCAGUGGACUUCCUGGUCGAUACGGGAGCCACCUAUUCUGUGCUGACCCGACCCUUAGGAAAGCUAACCAAGGACUCGGUUAAUGUAAUAGGAGCCAUGGAGGGAUGGAAAUCGUACCCAAAAGUGACAGCUAGUUUGGCUCAACCUGGACAGAGGCCCCAGUCCUGGGACUCCCUGAUCUGUGAAAAAGAAACUAAGAGAUCGGCCAAUGCUAACAAGAGGAAGGCCCAAGGUCGUCGACCUCCUCUAGAUAAAGAACAAUGUGCAUACUGCAAAGAGAUGGGACAUUGGCGUAAGGAUUGCCCAACGUUAAAGGCUAAGUUAGAGAAAAAAGCAAAGGCCCUGUUGUCUCAACAAUAAGGAGAUCAGAGCUCAUCGCCACCCCCCGAGCCACGGAUAACUCUUCAAGUCGGGGGGCAACCAGUGGACUUCCUGGUCGAUACGGGAGCCACCUAUUCUGUGCUGACCCGACCCUUAGGAAAGCUAACCAAGGACUCGGUUAAUGUAAUAGGAGCCAUGGAGGGAUGGAAAUCGUACCCAAAAGUGACAGCUAGUUUGGCUCAACCUGGACAGAGGCCCCAGUCCUGGGACUCCCUGAUGUUACCAAGCCAUUCAUUUCGUUCAUAGAUGAACUCAGGGGCAUUGCCAAAGGAGUCCUAACCCAGGACAUUGGCCCUUGGAAGAGGCCUAUAGCCUACCUCUCCGAAAGGCUUGAUCCAGUGGCAAGUGGAUGGCCCCCUUGUCUAAGAAUCCUAGCUGCUGUGGCAAUGUUACUUAAAGAGGCUAAAAAACUCACUUUUGGAUGGAAGAUUUCUGUAGUGACCUCCCACAGUUUAGAGACUCUUAUCAAAACCCCUCCCGAAAAAUGACUCUCGAACACUAGAAUUUUACACUGUCAGGCCCUGCUUCUAGACCCAGAGUCGGUAGUUUUCAAGACUUCUUCAGCUUUAAAUCCAGCCACUGUUAUGCAUGACGACGACCUGGAGGAACAAAGGACACCUCUCCAUGAGUGUGCUGACAUCCUCGAACUGCAGCAGAACCUACGGGCUGAUCUAACCGACCAGCCUUUGGGAAAUGCCAACAACUAUUUCACUGAUGGAAGCAGCUUCAUCCAGAAUGGCAGACGAGUGGCCGGGGCAACAGUGACCACCGAAAAGGAGAUACUCUGGGUUAAGCAGUUAGAGCCUGGCACCUCUGCCCAAAAGGCGGAGCUCAUUGCUUUGACUGAGGCCCUAAAACUAGCCAUGGGAAAGAGGGUAAACUUCUAUACUGACAGUAGAUAUGCUUUUGCUACUGUACAUGUACAUGGAACCAUGUAUCAGGAGCGAGGCCUCUUAACCUCAGCCAGGACUAAGAUUAAAAAUGCUCCACAGAUUCUAGACUUGCUGGCAGCUGUCUGGCUACCUCAACGGGUUGCUAUUAUACAUUGCAAGGCUCACCAGACAGGAGAUGACCCUGUCACCUUAGGAAACAAUUUGGCAGAUCAAGCCGCUUGAAAAAUAGCAACCACAUCAGAGGGGCCAACCAAGGAAGUACUUGCUCUGAUGCUAGUCUCUCUGACCUUGUCAGAACCAGUCUACACAAAGAAAGACCUACAGUUAGCAUCUCAACUUGGAGCGAAGUCCCCCAUGCCAGGGGGCUGGUACCAGUUACCUGAUAAACGAGUACUGUUAUUGGAGGCACUAGGGUGGGAGCUGUUACACCAGGCUCACCAAACUACCCAUUCAAGGGGAACUAAACUUGCCAAAUUGUUCAGAACUUGGUUUUUUAUUCUAAAACUCUGCAAACUGACCACCUCUUUGAGCUCCAGAUGCCCACAGUGCUUGUUAGUCAACUCAGCCAAGAGCUCUACGCUGGAGCCCACCCAACAUCAAGGAAUUGUUCCAGGAGAACAUUGCGAAGUAGACUUCACAGACAUGGUAUAGCCUGGUUUACAGGGGCACUGCUAUCUGUUGGUAUUAGUAGAUACCUUCACUGUCUGGGUAGAGGCUUUCCCUGCUAAGUCCGAGUCAGCCUUAGUGGUAGUUAAAAAGCUAUUGCAUGGGGGCUGGGGAUUUAGCUCAGCGGCCUAAACGUCUGCCUUGCAAGCAGGCAGUCGUGAGUUCGAUCCCAGGUACCGAUAAAAAGGAAAAAGACAAAAAAUUUUUUAAAAAGCUAUUACAUGAGAUCAUACCUCAAUUUGGCCUCCCACUAUCAAUGGGGUCCGAUAAUGGCCUGGCUUUCAUAGCCUAAGUCACCCAAAAGUUAGCCCAGGCAUUAAAGAUUAAUUGGAAACUCCACUGUGCCUAUCAUCCACAAAGCUCAGGGCAAGUAGAACAUAUGAACCGAAUUCUCAAGGACACUUUAGCUAAGCUGUCUUUAGAAACUGGCGAUAAUUGGGUGAGCCUUCUUCCCUUUGCGCUGUUAAGAACUAGAUGUACCCCAUAUGUUUCUGGAAUUUCCCCCUUUGGGCUAUGUUUGGAAGGCCCCCUCCACUGGUCCCGAAACUGUCAGAGGACAAAUUAGUUGAAAUAACUAACCAAGAUCUCAUUAAGUCCCUGCAGAUACUCCAACCUGUUGGCCUCAAUCCACCAGGUGUUUAGACAAAAACACCUGGACCCGCCUUCAGAGACGCCAUUCCAAACACUCAUCGAGCCAGGAACUUCUGUCCUGGUGCGGCAUCACCAUUGAGACUCCCUCGAACCCCGUUGGGAAGGACCCUUUACCAUGGUGCUCAGUGCCCCCCACUGCCGUCAAGGUAGCAGGAAAAACUGCGUGGAUUCACCACACUCACAUAAAGCCACAGCACACAACGAGGGACAUACUCAGGGAACUAUACAACAGACUGGUAACCCCUUGAAGUUAAAAUUGACUAAACAUAGUUAGAUUAUGCCAGGCAUGAACUGCUUUAGCUUGCUUGCUUUUGCUCCUUGUAUCCUACUGCUGGGGAUUUUAAUAACAUUGACGCCAACCUUUCAAGGCAGCUUUGGUCCCUCUGUAAGCAAAGAACAAUUGUCGAGAUCUUUGUAUGGGAGCCCCUGUGAUUUACGGAGGAGGCUAUACUAAAGGUAAAGACACCAGCUGGGGGGAAUUAUACAUACAAUAGAAAGAAAAAGGAUCAUGGUCCUUCCCACAUAAAUGAUAACUUAUAUGAUACAGUCUUCGGACAGAUUGUGGGGACAAGUUAGCAUUCCUUGUUGCUAUACCCUCAGUUACAGGGGGUUUGACUCAAAUGUGGACGUGUAAGUUAAAGCCUGCGUGAUACCAAACAAAGGCAGCCAGCCAGGGCUAUGCCCUCAGAAUUGUUAUUUAAAAAAAUAAUAAUAAUGUUUCCCCAGAUACAUUACCACCCCUUGAUGCUGCCUAAAUCGCGGGGAGUUGAUCUGGAUGCUCAAACUUAUGAUAUUCUAAAAGUCACUCAUAAAGCCUUAAAUGCUUCCAACCCAAUUUUGGCUGACACAUGGCACAGGGCUCCCCCAUUCCCCUUGCGAUCUCCACCAAUGUUUCUCUGACCACGCUGGAGGAACAAGAUUACUUAAAUUGGGGCUGGGGAUUUAGCUCAGUGGCAUAAGUGCCUGCCUUGCAAGCAGGCAGUUGUGAGUUCGAUCCCUAGUACCGAUAAAAAGGAAAAAGACAAAAAAAAAAAGAUUACUUAAAUUGUAUUGCUGGUCCCCCCCUUUUAAAGUACAACUGUACAAAAUUGUACAAGUACAACUUUUAAAGUACAAAGGACUCUCCCUAUCUCCAAGGAGGCUUUCAUAAUCAUCCCUCCGACAUUGACGUGGGGUUUGUUGCGAUUACUAAUUGUAGUUCCAUAGUUAACCAGCCUACCUCCCUUUAUCCCGCCGAGGACAAGUAUUUGUGGAGGAAAUAUGGCCUAUACUUUCCUCCCAACUAACUGGACAGGGAUAUGUGUAACAGCUGUCCUGUUGCCUGAUACAGAAAUCCUACCCGGGGAUGAGCCUGUCCCCAUUCUUAGUUUAGAUUACAUUGCAGGCUGCUCAAAGAGGGCAGUUCAAUUUAUUCCUUUAUUGGUAGGCCUAAAAAUAGCAGGAGCCUUAGGUAUGGGGGCAGCAGGAGUAGGGGUUUCUGUCCAACUUUCCAACCAGAUCGUUAGUGAUGUGCAGGCACUAUGUAGUACCAUUCAGGUUCAAGACCAAAUAGACUCAUUUGACUAAAGUAGUUCUCCAAAACAAAAGAGGACUAGACCUCCUAAUGGCAGAACAAUGAGGGAUCUGUGCGGUAUGGCAGGAGCGAUGCUGUUUUUAGAAUGGAAUCCUGCCCUAUCUCCUGCCCUUGCUUGAACCUGUUAGAAGUACUGCUUUUGGUCACAGUAGGUCCUUAUAUACUCAAUAGAAUAACUGCAUAUGGCAGACAACAAAUGCAAGGCAUAAAGUUCGUUCCCCCAACUGGCCAAGGAUUUGGCCUCACUCACAACAUUGGAAUGUUGUAACCUAGUUUUAACCAAUGCGCCCCCUUCCUGUUCUGUAUGCACCAUUUCAAUAGAGAUUAAAAUUCCAUCUCCAGUAAAGACUUAAGUUUCAGCUCCUUGUAAAUCCCCCUCCUCUCCCCAUUCUUAGAUUAAGUCUCCAUUUCCCAUGAAAGCUUUAAGUUUCAGUUUCUUGUAAUCCCCCACCCCCUUCUGCCUAUCUGCAAUACAAUGUGCUGUCCUUAAGAAACGUUUAACUACAAGGAAGUUAUCAAACUGGGUCAAAGUUCACAACAUUCCUGUGGUUUUUGGCUUUAAAACCCAACCUUUUUAGCUAUAAGGCACACAGUCUCCAUAUUGGCUCCCAGAGACUCUUUGCCAGGCCUGGCCUAAAAUAAAGCCUUUGCUCCCCAAAUUUUAAUUUCUUGCUUCCUUGGAUUUUAUUCCGGGGUCCAACCUAUCACAGGACCCUAUCUCAAAAACUGGACACACACACUCACAAUUUAUCCAGCAUCUUCCUAAGACACCAAGUUGUGGAUUGGGCUGACACACUUAGAAAUAAUGACCAUUUUUAAAACUUCCAGUUAUUUUUGUUGAGUUUUUUGAAGGUGAUUUUUUAAAUACGUAAAACUUGGGGCUGGGGAUUUAGCUCAGCGGCAUAAGCACCUGCCUUGCAAACAGGCGGUCAUGAGUUCGAUCCCUGGUACUGAUAAAAAGAGAAAAAAAAAAAAAAAAAACCUGUGGUAAUUUAUGCAUGAUUUUGACUCUUGCAUUUUCCUUGAAUUUAAUAAGCAUAUACAAUGCUGUAAUUAUGUUUUUGGACAACUAUUUUUUUAACUAAAAAGUAAAAAGCCUCAUGGUUAAAAAAAUACUGCUGAAUUUUGAGGAUGCUUUGUAGCUGACAAAAAAGACAAAUACCAGCUAGGAUGGGGGCAUAUGCUUGAAAUCUCAACACUUUGGGAAGCUGAGACAGGAGGGUUACAAAGGGCCCAUCUCAGCAGUUGAGCAACUUGGUAAGACCUUGUUUUAACAUAACAAUACCUAGGCUGGGGACAUAGCUCAGUGGCACAGCACCUGCCUGGCAAGCACAAGGUCCUAAGUUUGAUUCCCAGUACCAAUAAAUAAAUUAAAUAAUUAAGAUGUAAACAUAUUAAUAAAUAAAAACAACCACCAAAAAGCUGGGGAUAUAGCUCAGCACGGGAGUCCCAGAUUCAAUCUUCGGUGCUACGAAGAAAGAAAGAGAAAAAGAAAAAAAGCAAAUAACAUAUGAUUCCACUUAUACCAUAUUUGUUGAUUCAACCAACCAGGAAUAAAAACUAUUCAGAAAAGCAGUUGUAUCUGUGCUGGACAUACACAGAUCCUUUUCUUGUCAUUAUUCCUAAGUAAUGACAAUUUACAUAACACUGACAUUCUAUUACAUAUCAUAAGUAACCUGAGAUGAUGUAACCUGUAUACAGGUGGGUUCUGUGCUGUUUUAUACACGGGACUGGAGCAUCCCUGGAUGUUGGUACCCAUGGUGCAUCCAGGAACUCAUCCCCCACGGAUACUGACUGAGCAACUUUUGUACCUAGAACGGUCAAGUUGCUAGAAACAGGAAAUGGAAUGGUGGCUAGGCACUUGAGAGACAGAAGGAUGAAGUGUUUAAUAGAUGCAGAGUUUCUGUUUUACAACGAGUUCUAGAGACUGAUGGUGGCGAUGGUUGCACAACUGUGAAUCUGUGUAUGCUGAGAGCUUGAAAAUGAUUGGAAUGGUAGCUCAGACACUGUGUCUUUUUCUGCCAUGAAAAUUUUUUGAAAUGAUGAAGUACAUAGGAAAAAAGAAAACAGGAAAUGAAGUGAUAAAUAUAGGAGACAGACAACAGAGAUGCUUCAUCAGUGUGAAUUCAAAAAUUGAAUCAGUAAAAUAAAAUCAAACCAAAAAUUUAAGCCAUUUUACAGUAAAAAAUGUAACUUGAAAAUAAGUAUUUUUCUCUCCUUUCCUGGUCCCAGUAUUUUUUUGCAGGGGCCAACAGGCUACUGACAUGUGGAAACUAUACAGUUUUCACUGGUUACCUAAUAUGUACCAACUGGAAUAUUAUACAGCCACCAACAGUUUAUGUUUUCAAAAUUUAGGUAACAAUAGAGGAUUCAUCUAUUGAAAUGCUUGGAUAUAUAAGCAAAAUAGAAUGUUGUUGUUACCAGCCUUAUUGAGAUAUAAUUCAUACUGAAGAGUAUAAUUCUGUUGCUUGUAAUGUAGUCAAAGUUGUAGAACAGUCAUCACCAUCAAUUUUAGAUUCCCACCCCCGCCAAAGAAAUCCUUUACCCUUUAGCUAUCACCUGGCUCUUCACUUCCCCACUCCAGCCCCUGGCAUCACUAAUCUACUCGGUCCUCUUAGCUCUUUUGGACAUUUCCUAUAAAUGAUAUCAAGGAACAUACUUUGAGCCUGGCUUCUUUCAUAUCAUAACAUUUUCAAAGUGUGGUGGACUUGGGGCUGGGGAUUUAGCUCAGCGGCAUAAGUGCCUGCCUUGCAAGCAGGCAGUCGUGAGUUCGAUCCCCGGUACCAAUAAAAAGGAAAAAGACAAAAAAAAAAGUGUGGUGGACUGGUAAGUGGUGGUCAGUUUAAACCCCAGCUGAACUGAGUCAGCGUGGUGCUGAGCAUGGAUGGCCCGCCUGAGUGCGGACAGUUGCCAGCAUUAAUAGAGACCAGGAGAGGAAGAGGAGCGUUGGUUCUCCUGAAUGGUGGUGGUGGUGUUUGGAGCUGGUGGUUUUCCAGGAGAAGCUUGCCACACUGGCUUCCUGAUACAAACUCUGCUGUUUUCAUCAUCAGAGGAGCCUGGGAGCUCAUCGUCACUGAGGAUGGCUGUGGCAGUUUUCGGGGGAGCCCUGGUCCUUAUUUGGAGCAUCGCUUCUUGGAUCCAGCAAAGAACCCUCAACCUGCUGGAUCCUUCGUCCUGCUGGCACAGACUUCCUAGCUUCCACUGCCGCCACCUUGGGGCUUUCCCAGUGCAGAUCCAUGUCUAUUCCACGCUCUGCAAAAGCCCCAUGUUAUUUCUCAAUGGCCAACACAUUAAACUUAAUUCAGUCCUAA